UCUGCUCGCUCGCGGGUCCGGCCUUCGCCGCUCCCCCGCCUCCCCGGCCCGCACCAGCGCCGUCCGCCCGCUAGCGGAUCGGGGGACGGCUGAAGGCCGGGCCCGGGGACCACCAUGGCGGCCGCCUUGGGCGCCGGCGGAGGAGCAGGCGCUGGAGAUGAUGACUUUGAUCAGUUUGACAAGCCUGGUGCAGAAAGGUCCUGGAGAAGAAGGGCUGCUGAUGAGGACUGGGACAGUGAACUGGAAGAUGACUUGCUUGGAGAAGAUUUACUGUCUGGCAAAAAGAAUCAGUCGGAUUUGUCAGAUGAAGAGCUGAACGAUGAUCUUUUACAGAGUGAUAAUGAAGAUGAAGAAAAUUUCAGUUCUCAGGGUGUCGCCAUCAGUCUGAAUACCACCUCUGGCAUAGUUGCAUCAUUUGAGCUGUCUGAUAAUACCAACGACCAAUCCGGAGAACAAGAAUCUGUGUAUGAACAAGGAGAGGAUGAGCUAGCUUACCACAAACCCCAGGAACAAGAACUGUAUACUCAAGAGUACCCAGAAGAAGGACAGUAUGAAGGCCAUGAUACAGAGUUGGCAGAAGACCAAAUAGAGUAUGGGGAUGAACCAGAGGAGGAGCAGCUGUACAAUGAUGAAGUGCUGGACAUUGAAAUCAAUGAACCUUUAGAUGAAUUUACAGAUGAAGAAUACUUACAGGCUUAUGGUGGGCAACAAGGGCUGCAAGUGCGGGAAGACUGUGAGGCUGAAGAUGACUUAGAUGAGAUUACUGAUUCCCAGGUUGCUUCUGAGACCCACGAGGGAGGAAUGGAAACCUUAGAACUCCAGAAAGACAUAAAAGAAGAAUCAGAUGAAGAAGAAGAUGAUGAUGAAGAAUCUGGACGAUUGCGUUUUAAAACAGAAAGGAAAGAAGGAACAAUUAUUAGGCUCUCAGAUGUGACUAGAGAAAGAAGGAACAUCCCAGAAACUUUGGAGCUUUCGGCAGAAGCCAAAGCCGCGUUGCUUGAAUUUGAAGAAAGAGAGCGACAGCAUAAGCAGGGCCGCUACGGUUCCCGCCGGGGAGGAAGGCGAGGAGGAGGUUCUCUGAUGUGCCGUGGAAUGGGAGACCAGAGACGAGAGAACAGUGAGAGGGGAAGGAUGAAGGAGCACAGGCCUGCCCUGCUUCCUACACAGCCUCCUGUCGUGGCUCACUCUCCAAGAUUAAUCCCUCCUCCACAGCCACAGCCUCCUCCACCGCCACCACCACCUCAGCAGCAGCCAAUCAGAAGUCUGUUCCAGCAGCAGCAGCUACAACCUCUACUCCCUUUACAGCACCCGCAUCACCCCUCCCCACCUCAGGGAGUGCACAUGCCCCCCCAGAUGGAGACUCCAAGGAUGAUGCUGACUCCUCCUCCAGUGACUCCUCAGCAGCCCAAGAACAUCCACAUCAACCCACACUUCAAGGGGACAGUGGUGACCCCCGUUCAAGUGCCCUUGCUGCCAGUUCCGAGCCAGCCAAGGCCUGCCGUGGGACCCCAAAGAUUCCCAGGCCCUCCAGAAUUUCCACAGCACACACCUGGACCUGUUCCCAGCAGUUUUAACCAGCCACCUCGACUUCCUCUCCAGGACCAAUGGAGAGCCCCACCCCCACCUCAGGAACGGGACCCUUUCUUUUUGGGAGUUUCAGGUGAACCAAGGUUCCCCAGUCAUCUUUUUCUGGAACAGCGAAGUCCUCCUCCACCGCCACCUCCUCCCACGCUCCUGAACAGCAGCCAUCCUGUCCCCACUCAGAAUCCUUUACCAUUUACACAGCCUGGACCAGCAUUUAAUCAGCAAGGACAGCAGCCAGUGUUCCCUAGAGAGAGGCCUGUAAGACCAGCCCUGCAGCCCCCAGGCCCAGUGGGGAUCCUACACUUCAGCCAGCCAGGCUCAGCAACUGCCAGGCCUUUCAUUCCUCCUAGACAGCCUUUCCUCCCCAGCCCAGGACAGCCGUUCCUGCCUACACACGCACAGCCUAACCUUCAGGGACCCUUGCAUCCUCCACUGCCGCCACCUCAUCAACCACAGCCCCAGCCGCAGCAGCCCCAGCAGCAGCCGCAGCAUCACCAGCACCAGCCACCCCUUCAGCCUCCCCUCCAGCCUCCCCACCAGCCUCCCCCACAGCAUCAGCCUCCCCCUCAGCAUCAGCCACAGCAGCACCAGCAUCACCACCACCUUUCUGCUCCUCCUCCUCCUCUGAUGCCCAUGUCUCAGCCGCAGUUCAGGCCGCAUGUUCAGACUGCCCAACCUCAGCCCAACAGCAGUCGGAUGCAGUGCACCCCACGCCAGGGGCUACGGCAUAACGCAGCAUCUCAGAAUAUAAGCAAACGGCCCAUGCAGCAGAUGCAACCCACUGCUCCCAGAAACAGUAAUCUUCGUGAACUCCCCAUAGCACCUUCACAUGUAUUAGAAAUGAGUGGUAAUCGCUGCUCCUCUACACCUGCAGCUCAGGUGAAGCCCAUUGUCAACACAUCUCCACCCUGUAGGGCUGUGGUGGCUUCCAGGAACUCACAGGGAAAGACUGAUGCUAAAACCAAGCCACUUAGUCCUGGGGCUCAGCCUAAGGAAGAAGCAAAAGCAGAACCAGAGUUCCCUGAUGAAGAUGAAGAGACAAGGUUAUAUCGCUUAAAGAUAGAGGAGCAGAAGCGCCUGAGAGAAGAAAUCCUGAAGCAGAAGGAGUUACGAAGGCAGCAGCAGGCUGGUGCCAGAAAGAAGGAGUUACUGGAAAGACUUGCACAACAGCAGCAGCAGCAACAGCAGCAGCAGCAGCAGCAACAGCAACAGCAGCAGCAGAUCUAUGGUUCACAGACCCCCAUGGAGCAAGAGGAGCUGGCAGCUACACCAUCGCCCACCAAUGGUAACCCAUUGUUGCCCUUUCCAGGAGCACAGUGCAGGCAGAAUGUGAAAACGAGACUUCUUGUUAAAAACCAGGAUGUCACCAUUUCUAAUGUUCAGCCCAAAACAGUGAACUUUGUCCCACCUGGGGCUAACAUGCAGCAUCAAGCACAGCCCGUGAGACCACUGAAGCAUCUGCGACAACUGCCACACAAAGUCCUCCAGGUCAAACCUAUAGAAGUGGAGGAGACCCCCCACUCCCCACAGGCAGCCAGAGUGACAUCUCUCCAGGGCCGGCCUCAGGACACCAAACCAGGGGUGAAGAGGACUGUCAUGCAUAGGGUCAACAGUGGAGGUGGUGGAGAUGGGCCACAUGUCAGCUCCAAGGUCAGGGUGAUUAAGUUGUCUGGAGGGCAGGGAGGAGAGAGCGAUAGCUUUUCUCACACAGAGAACCAGCCCCAGCGGCUUCCCCAGCCUCCGGACAUGAGACAGCAGCCUACGCGCAAGGUGACGCUGACCAAGGGGAUUCCUCAGCAACCCCAGCACCUUCCUGUGGGGCCCCACAUGUACCCGGCUAUUCCUCCAGGCAUCAAAAACAUCCAAGGGAUUCACCCAGCCAAGAAGGCCAUCAUGCAUGGACGAGGCCGAGGAGUGGCAGGUCCCAUGGGCCGGGGACGCCUAAUGCCAAAUAAGCAGAACCUUCGAGUGGUGGAGUGCAAGCCACAGCCCUGCGUGGUAUCUGUGGAAGGGCUAUCCUCAUCCACUACUGAUGUCCAGCUGAAGAGCCUGCUGAUGUCCGUGGGUCCCAUCCAGAGUUUACAGAUGCUUCCCCAGCAACGGAAAGCCAUAGCAAAGUUCAAGGAGCCAGCCCAUGCACUAGCCUUUCAGCAGAAAUUCCACAGGCACAUGAUUGAUCUGUCCCACAUAAAUGUGGCCCUGAUUGUGGAGUGAUCUGGAAUGAAAAAAAUCUGACCUCAUGCUGCACACACUGUGGAAUUUCUUCAAGGAAGCUGUAGGUCGGCGUAGGAUCCCCAGCAGUAUAGGUCUCUCCGGUCUGCAGUUUGCCAACAUGUCUGCACGCCAGCCUGCCACAGGGUGAUUCCAGAAGGGAGUUAAACUGGUGGACAUGGGAUUGGAGUCUGGUGUUAGAUUGUUUUGAAUUCUGUUGUCCACAAGAACUCUGUUCCCGUGUUCUUUUGUUUCCAAGUGCUCACAGUGCAUGUGGACCUUGUUCUUCGUGACCCUGCUAUCUGAUUGGUCAGAGUCUUAGACUCAGGAAAGAGCAUUACCAGCUCAAAUUCCAAGGAUUUUCCACAGCAAAGAAUAUUUGAUAAUGGUUGCACUUAUCUUCAGUACAGGAUAGAAAAGAGUUCUCAACCAGGCUUAACUGGAGUGGUCUCAGAAAGCCCUCACAGGCUCUGGUAAAACAUAGGUAAAAAUUUGGGUGAUUAAGAUUGACACUCAGCUGCCCUGGAAAGCCAGGAUAUGAAAUGGGUGUCUGGGAACAGUGCCGCGGAAGUGGCAAUUCUGCUUCUUGUGAAUACCUCCAAAGUGCCACUUGUUUCAGCAGAAACUCAGAUGGGCACAGUGCUAGCUAAGCACAGGGCGCUCCAGAGCCAGCGGCUCUGCCACCCUGCAGGCAGCCCUCUCGGCCUAGUUUCCUGGCACUGGUUGAGGCACAGCUUGAAGAGUGGUCAGACCUGCUUGGGCUUCUAUGCUUUUUAAAUGCCCUGGCUCUGUGGCCUGUGAUGUCAUUGCUUUGAUUACCUCGUUGUCCUUCAGGGCUCAGAGUUUCCUUUGGGUUGCCCUCUAUCCCAUGUGUGAGGGGUGGAUUUCUCAGCAGGGCUGAUGCUGCCCAAGAUAAAUGUAUCUGUCCACAUUAGUCAUUUUUGGUCAAUUCCAGAAGGUGAGACUUGCUUCUGCAAAGCAUCCCUUGGAAGUCCGUGCUGGGCAGACACUGAACACAGUGCCUUAUUAUGUUUCCCCCCGAAUGCUUCAGUGUUUGGGACAUACUCGAAAAUGGACAGUGACACUAGUACACACUCAGGACUUUUCAGUUGUAUUUUAUAUCUGUAAUUCUAUCUCACAUAUCUUAGUAGGACGGAGGAAGAUAGAAAUCUGUUGUCAUUUACUGUCACUGGGUAAUGAGGUGUAGGCGCAGGACUUGAAGCAGCUGGCUUCCACAGCUAAACUUUCACGUUGUGUUUUCAAUUAAGUUGCCAGUGUUAACAACUAGAGACUGGUAUUACAACCCCAUGACACUUUGCAUAGGAUUGAAUCUGAGAUGCCCUUACAUGCUGGCAAGGAGUACUAGGAGAGUACAGCGGUUGUGUGGGUUCCAGGCCAUUGAGACGGGGCAUUUAUAGGAUGUCUUAGGAGACCUUAUGGUAUGGUGCCACCUCUAACCACAAAUCCUCUUCCUUGCCCCUGGCAGGUGCACUAAGUGCCAGCCCUAUGAGGCCUGUACCAUGCUUGGCCCUAACCAUCCAAGUGCUAUCAACUGGCUGCCUAGUUCACUUAGACACCGGGGUUGUUGAUACAUAUUUUGCUAAGUUGGUGAGUUUGGUAAUAUGUUAGCUCUAGUUGGACAAGAUGGAGGCCACAUAGGAGGUUGAGGAUUAGGAUACAGUAAAAUAAGUUUAAUAAGUUUGCUUCUUUUUCAGAUAGUUUUGAGUGCUGGACCUUUAAAACCCAACUCUGCAUUUUUGUCUGAAAAAUAGGCACUGAAGCAUUGAAGUCAGUUAAGGAAGCAUCCUCAUCAACACCACUGUUGACCACAGGCCUCAAGGCUGCUUUGAGUGUGAUGAGGUACACAGGAGCAUGUGUCCCUUAACUCUCUGCACACAUGAGCUAGCUUUCUCUUACUGCAGUGUCCUGUGACAUCAGCUCCACGCACUGCUUAGAAGAGCCACCCACUCUGACUUGACACACACCCACCUGGAG